AUGUCAUUCCUCUCUUUUCUGUUCAAAAAGAAACAGAUGAAUUUGUUGGUCUGCGGCUUUGACGGUGUCGGCAAAUCGUCGAUGUUAUUAAAAAUGCAAAACAUCGAUCCAAAAGGUAUCGAAGUGAAACCCACGACAGCAUACGCAAACCCAUCCCUUAAAUACAAAACCUUCGAGUGGCUCUUUUGGGACGUUUCAGGCGCUCCAAAGUUUAGAGGUCUUUGGAAGAGUUAUUAUCCCAACGUCAAAGCAAUAGCUUACGUAUUCGACGCUUGCGACACAGAGCGUUAUGAUGACGCAAAGACUGCUUUGAAAAACAUGAUUAACGACGGUGAGCUUAAAAAUAUGCCGUUCCUUAUAUUUAUCAACAAAAGUGACAAACAACAGGUAGACAGUCACGAGUUUCUCGAUAAGCUCGAACUCACAGAAGGUCAAAAAAAUAGGUGCCAGGCCUUCUCGUGCUCGGCGUUCACUGGCGACGGCCUUUUCGAGGGACUCGAUUGGCUGUGUUACUACUUGAAGAAAUCCGGUGUUUAA